GAAAGAAUCCCAGUUCGAGAACGGAAGCCUCGCGUUUGGUGCGAUUCGUGAAGUGAGCAAUACGGUACAAAAAUACAGCAAUUGUCAAUUAUGAAGAAGGCACUUGCCGUUCCUCAUAGUUCCAAAACACUAGCAAAACGAUCCGUAUUCCCCCUGCUCGCAAUCCUCUUCAGCCACACCACAACCUUUGCCUUUAGCAGCAGCAGCACGAACGCCAUCGGCGGAAGGACUACAAGCAACAACCCGACAAACAGAAACAAAAACAAAAACACAAAGGCACUCAACGACAGAGCGAACCCUUGCCACACGAAUCCACGCCGAAAUACAAACAGCAUGUCUCUCUCGAUGGACACGGACGAUCUGGCCGUCCAGGCCAACUCGUACGCCUCGGCAAACGGGAUCCAGGUCGAGCGACGAACCGAGGGAAGCGGAGACGGAGAAGAAAAGCCCAAGACCUACUUCGAGGGGGCCCCCAUGUCGCUCCUCCCCAACGCCUACCCGAGGCAGGCCUUCGAGCAGGCCAAGAGCGUGGCCCCCGCCUUUAACGAGCUCGUCGAUCGCGUCAGCCGCGACGCCGAAUUCCUGGAGGCAACUCUGGGCGGGGGCGUGAGCUCGAUGGACCCCUACACGGGCAAGCUCCUCGCCCUCUACAAGGACGUCUACGUCGAGGAAGGGAAGGGUGCGGCCGCCAGGACCGCCGACCGCCUCGGGGUGCACCGRAGCGAUUACAUGCUGCACAGGGACGGCGAUGGUGCCUCCUAUCAGCUCAAGCAGGUCGAGCUGAACACGAUCGCCUCCUCCUUUGCCGGCCUGUCGUGCAAGAUCGCCAGUCUCCACCGAUACCUAACGUCUCGCUACGAGACAGAAACCAGCGCAUUCUUGCAAGAAAACGUCAAGCAGGUGGUGGACGAAGACGCAGCGGAAGGGUCGCCGGAGGGGCCCGGGGUCCCGUCCAACCCCGCCCUGGAAGAACUCCCGCUCGGCAUGAAGGUGGCCUACGACCGAUACGUCGAGCGCUUCGGGGGCGAUUCCGGUAAGAAAAAACCCGUGGUCUUGUUUGUCGUGCAGGACGGCGAAACCAAUACGGUCGACCAGCGCCUGCUCGAAUUCGCCCUCUGGGAAACCCACGGGAUCCCCGUGGUGCGGCGGUCCCUCACCAAGCUCGACGCGGAGCUCUCGGCAAGCGAAAACGGGGCYCUGGUGCUGGAAAGCACGGGCAGCGAGGUCGCCGUCGUGUACUUCCGGGCCGGCUACGCCCCCACGGACUACCCCGACGGAGACGACGGGAUCGAGUGGAGGGCCCGGCUCACCCUCGAAAACUCGCGGGCCACCAAGUGCCCCUGUCUCGGCUACCACCUGGCGGGAACCAAGAAGGUCCAGCAGGAACUGGCCCGGCCGGGGGUUCUGGAACGGUUCUUCCCGGAGGACGCCGGCAAGGUGGCGGCCAUGCGGGCCUGCUUUGCCGGCCUCUACAGCCUGGGAGACGAUGCGGUCGGGGAAGACCUAAAGGCCGUCGAGGAGGUCCUGGACGGRGGGCACGCGGGGUACGUCCUGAAGCCCCAGCGCGAGGGUGGCGGGUACAACUUUUACGGGGAGGACCUGGCAAAAAAGCUCGCGGCCAGCGUCGAUCGCGACGGCGGGACCACCCUCAAACUCGGCGAGGACCUCGCCGAGUACAUUCUCAUGCAGCGCCUCUUCCCGCCCCAGCAGAGGGCUAUUCUGAUGCGGGGCGGGAGGGUCGAGGGCACCGGGGACUCCAUCUCGGAGCUCGGCGCCUUUGGAACCCUGGUCUGUGACGCCAACGGAAAGGUCGUCCACAACGCCUACGCCGGAUUUUUGCUGCGCACCAAGUUCAGCAACGUCGACGAGGGCGGCGUCGCGUCCGGCUUUGCCACCCUGUCGAGUCCGUACCUGUGCUGAUCGGAUCAAAUCCAAUCGAAUCCAAUCGAAUCGAAUCCAAUGGAAUCCGAAAUCGAAGCGGGCGGUGGCGGCAAACAACACGAUCCAAUCCAAACCAAUCAGAUCGAGUGAAGCAAUGGAAUUCAUCAUUGCAAAACACCGAACGCUUGCCGUGGCAUCCUACUGUUCGCUAAGAUACAAUUUAACAUU